AUGAAUCAUAAAUUUAAAAGUGCAUUAACAAUGUUAUCAUAAAUUUAUGUUCAAGGAGAUCUUAAAUUAGUAAUCAAUAUGAUUUUGCUCUUUUAAAUUUACUAAAUAAAAUACCAAUUAUUGAUUUUAAAUAUAAACUAUUUAAAUACAGAAGAAAUAGCUAAAAAAGAUAACUAUCCUAUUUCAUAAAAACUAAUGUAGUGGUUCCUUUUGUAUGUUAAGAUAUCAAGAACUUUAUGCCUAAUUCUCUCAAACUAGAUAUCAGAUCUUUAAAUAAUAAUUGGCAAAGCUUUGUAAAGUUGA